AUGUCGCUGCCGACUCAGCCUGAUCCUCCGCCCUCAUACCUUCACAGAAUCUACAGCACGGCUUCAACAUACGAUCGAGCCGAGCCAGCUUCCGAUACCACUGGCAUGAAUACAGUCAGCGAGCCAAUGCGCCUGCAACCAUGGCUCGGCCUUCGAGCGCGCCUCUUCCUCGCACCCAUCUCCAUCCCCCUUAUCUCUCUGCUCUUCGUAGCUUUCCGCCUCCUAGCAUCGUCCAAUGACGCCAACGACUCUGUUAGCUCUGCCAAGACAAAGCUCCUCUCCUCAUGCGACGCGGUUGAGGCAACCGCGUCGCUCGCAGCCUCCCUCCCGCACUUUCUCGCCGGCACCACCAACCAACAACUCGCUCAAUCCGUCACAGCCACCGUCCACGGUGCAGCUCGCGUCUUCGACCUGUCCAUUACAGCCAUCGAAAAGAUUCUCACCUACAUCGUUGAUUCGUACAGGUCGCUCUUCGUGUGCUUCAUGGAGUUGUUGGUGCGAGGCUCGUUGGCGGUGCUGAUCGAGGCGGUGCAACUGAUUUCGCAAGCGAUCACUGCAGCAGCAGAAGGCAUCAGAGCAGCCAUCCAGGCCUCUGUGACGGGCAUCAACGCGCUGUUAUCCACCGCAGUCGGCGGCAUCAAUGACGUGGUGGGCGUAUUUGGACAGCACAUCACCAUGCCUCACAUCGCAAUGCCCUCACUGACAGCGCUAGAGAAUAUCACGUUGCCGCACGAGGUUCAAGACGGGCUGUUGAAGCUCAACGCGACGCUGCCAACGCUGCAACAGCUCAAGGACAGGAUGGAUGCGCUCAUCGAGACGCCCUUCGAGAAGAUGAGGGGCGAGGUCAACACCACGCUGGGCGGGUUAACGUUCAAUCACACGGUGUUCGACGUCCCCGAAAUGCAGAAGGUGACCUUUUGCGAUCGGAUUGACACGAGCCCGCUGGAUGACUUGGGCAAGGAGCUCAAGCGGAUAGCGAAGUGGGGCCUCGUGCUGUUGGGCCUCGUCGCGUUGGUGGUGAUGCUCGUUGGUGUGGCGUGGGAAUGGUGGAAGUGGCAGAGGGAGGUCAAGGCUGUUGCGCGGACGAGGGCUGUCUGGCUUGCCUCUCCUCACCAGAAUGACCCCAACGACGAGAAGGCACCAGCGGAGGACGUGCUCAAGACGGAGAACCUGAUGUCACUGCUCGCUAUCUCUCGCCACCCGCUCAUCUCUGACUUCGCCCUCAGCGUCUGCAAUCGUGUCGGCAUUCGAACCCGUCGAUCCCAAGAUCGAGUCGCAUGGCUCCUCAGCUUUCUCACGCAUCCAGCCGCUCUCGCAUGCAUCUUCACCGGUCUGCUCGGCCUUUUGUCCAUCCUUCUCCAAACCAUCCUCAUCCACAACCUCUCCAAGCACUACUCGGACUCGAUCGACACCUCGCUCACCCAUCUCUCGGGGGACGUCCUCAACAUGGUCAACGACCACACGCGCAACGCCUCCCUGACCUUCUCUGCCUCCGCCAACGCCGUCAUCUCGCAGGUGGAGACCGAGCUCAACGCCCACGUCUUCAACUGGGUCGACACGACGACGAGCACCAUGAACGCGACGCUCAAUGAGUUCCUUGACGGCAUCACAGAUACUCUGACGUCUACGUUUGGAGGCACACCCUUCAACGCGCCGCUUCAGACGUUCGUCCAGUGCAUCAUCGGGCAGAAGGUGCGCGGCAUAGAAAAGGCGCUGACGUGGAUCCACGAUAAUGCGCACGUCAAUUUCGAUAGGGUUCCCGCAGAUGUGCUGAUGCUGCAAGGGGAGCAAGGAGAGGCUGUGACGAGACCCGUCAAGGAGGCACUGUUGGGUAGCGGAGGGGAUGGGAAUGGUGGAAUGGUGGGAAGCGUGAUGGAGAGGUACGAGAAACGGUUGCGCGAGGAAAGGAUUAUGUUUCUGGUGCUGGUCGGUGUAUAUGGGACGAUCUUGGUGAUCGGGUUGCUCGUGGUGGCAUAUGCCACUCUUGUCGACAGAGGCAAGGGACAAGAUAGCGGAAGAGAGCAAGAUUACGGCGAGGACAUGGACGAGAAGCUGAAGACCGGUCUGCAGGCCGGCCCAAGUGUAGGAUGGUGGCGACGGCGCCCAAAAACCAGCAACUGCAUCGAUCCCCCAACGCGCUUGGAAGAUCCAGCCGUCCAAACUCGGCGCCUCUCGAUCCCUCACUCGAAUCGAUCUGCCCGCACGCACGUCACGAAGGACAGCAUCUCUUACCCGCUCCAGUUCCAACACAAUCUCGCGACCUCCACCAACACCGCUUCUCGCCCACGACAGCCGAGCCCGCUACAACAACCAGCCUCUCCUGUGCGCGAUAGCUUUCCAUCCAUACAGCGUAGCCGCGCUACUCAUCCCGCUGCGCCGGAAGUGAGGCAUACGCGCACAUCCUGGCUCUCUUUCCUCGCCAAGGCCUCUCACGAUGAUGACACUCCUGCCGCGCAGCCAAGCGUGGCGAGGACAGACGCAGCGGAAGAAGAAGCAGAGGACAGGUUCCAGCGGCUGUUCGGCUGCUCGCCCGUCGCAUCACCUACAACGUCAAUGUUCGCUCACCGCCUAUCUGCCGCGUCGCAACCAAACGCCUCGAAAGCAGAGGGAAGCGAGGCAAAGUACCGGGAGACGUUGGAUCUCAGGCCAAUGCAAGAUUGGAUGGGGUCCAAGAGUCCAGUUCCUCCUGCUGCGACGGGGAGCGCAGAGACUCAGUUGAAUCGGUCGGGCAUGCCGUCAGUGCCGGAGAUGGAAGAGUCAGCAGGGCCGAGCUAUCCGUUCGCGAGCGCUCACGGAAGCUCAAGUCAAUAUCACCAGCAGCACAAGAGGCCAGGUUCGCCACAGUCGAUCUCUUUCUAUGCUUGGUAG